AUCAAAUGUGGAUAUCGAGAAUAGUGAGCCGUCUCGCCUCCAAAAACACUGUUAAAAGUGUUUUCCCAUUCCCCAAUUCACCGCAAUUAUCAGUUCGUUUCCUUCCUUACGAUUCUGAUGAUAGUGAGCGAAAAGCUUUUCUUAAAAACCUACUAAAUAAUUUUAAAUUUUGAAGGAAAACCUGUUCGGAUAACCAACUUGGUUGAUAGAAAACUUAACAAAUUAAGAACCUGAGAUGACGAAAACUGAUAUGAUGAGGCGGGAAUUGAUUAAACGUUCUAUAGGUGCCGCAAAAGACCGGGUCGCGUUAGGGAUGUUCAAUCAAGCACUAAAUGCUUACUGUGCUGUUGAAAGUAUGAAUAUGUCUAAAGCAGAGGAGUUUUAUGGCCCACUGUUAAAGUUUUUGAUUGAUCGUGAGAUGAUUCGUGAGUUUUACAUGUUAUCUGAGUACUUGAAGAUGGAUGAAGCUACACAUUGCUACUAUGACAUGGUCCUGUCUUUAAAACUGGGAGAUGUGGUUAAACUUCCAAGUCUUGUUGCAAAGAUGGUGGUUGUGUCUAAGCCUUCAAGACUUGAGAUGUUUAUCAGAAGAUUCUGUGACUCGUUUGAGGUACCUCUGACCAUUGAUCUGGUCAAUUUUAUGUUAAAAUGUGACUUAAAUGUGACAUCAAGCGUACUUGAUCCCAUACUAAAGGCAUGUGAUAAGUGCAAUGAUCGACAUUAUUUGGUCCGAUGCAUCUUUUCAAUAAUAAAGGAUCAUAAUCUUCGUGCAAGCACUGAAUCAUUCGGCAUUAUGAUUAGGUUGCUUGUCAAAUUGGAUGAUAUAAUUUGAGGGUGCCUAUGCUAUUUUAGAUUAUCUGAAGAGAUUGGAUUUAUCCCCAACUACUAACAUGUACAAUACCAUAAUGUUGGGAUAUCUUCAAAAGAAGCAUUUUCAUAGAGGAUUGAAGGUUCUGGACGACAUGGAUGCUUCAGGUGUAAAGCCAGACUGUCACAGUUUUACCUAUCUUAUAAGCCACUGCACCAGCGAAGACGAAAUUAAUAAGUAUCAUGAUAUGAUGGAUGGGAUGGGAACUCCACCAACAAAACACCUACACAAGGCUUUAAUUCAGUCGUAUGUAGCAUGCAAAUCAUUAGAGAGAGCUAGGCAUGUCGUCAAAGAGAAUGGCACGUCAGACAUAUUGCAUAGUGAGCUUAUGAACACUCUUGCAUACUCCUUGGCCUUACAUGGUGAAGUUGAAGAAGCCAGGCGUGUUUAUGAUCAAGUACUACAAUCACAAGGAACUAUUGAGCCUCUUACGGCUUUAUGUUUAAUUCAAAGACUCGAUUCCGCAGACAACUUGAAGUACCUUCUAGAGCUUCUUAAGCAUCUAACAGAUACUGAUCUAUGGGAUGCCGGGUGUUCGAGCAUUUUGUUGUUUUGUGUUCGCCACAAGAAUCUAGAGUUUAGUCGUCUAUCCUCGUAACGCUUUUUUAACUUGAAAUUUGAACUCUCUUGUAUUUUUAUGAAUUAAACUUAAGCUUGCAUAUAUUUAUUGACUAAACAAACAGCCAGUGGAUUCUAUUA